AUGACCGGGAAAUAUUCUGGUGUAGUUUCCAGAAUUAAAAAUGUAGCAAACUUACAUUUUGUUCAUAUACAUUGCAUUAUACAUAGACAACAUUUAGUUGCGAAAAAAAUGUCACCAGAUUUGAAUGAAGUAUUGACUGAGGCAGUAAAAAUAAUUAAUUUUAUUAAAUGUAAUGCCUUAAAUUCUAGAUUAUUUUUAAUUUUAUGUGAGGAAAUGGGAUCUGAACAUUCUCAUUUAUUGAUGCACGCAGAGGUUCGGUGGUUAUCCCGUGGUAGAGUCCUGAAUAGAUUUGUUGAAUUAAGAAAAGAAAUUGAAUUAUUUUUAAUUCAAAAGAAAAGCAAUUACAUUUCAAUUAUUCAAAAUACUGAAUGGAUCGCAAAAUGUAUUUAUUUAUCUGAUAUUUUUAACUUAAUAAAUACCCUUAAUUUAAGUUUACAAGGUCCACUCACAACAAUUUUUACCAUGUUAAAUAAAGUUUAUGCAUUUAAAAAAAAAUACAGUUGUGGAUAA